UUUCUUUUCUGUUAGGAAAUGUUCAUAAUGAAAAGUCUCAAAAGUAUACCCUCUGGAGUUUCAUGACCUUAAGAAAAAGUUUAACCUCUCUGUUCAAGUUCUUUAUCUUGUGAACAAUAAUCUAAUAUCUAAGUAGAGCAGUAAUCCCUACCUUACAGGGUUGUGCAGAUUACAUCAGGUAGUUUAUGAAAAGCUCUGAGAACAGGGCAGAGUGCACCAUCUGCCUCCUGCAUUCGCUCAGUGAAUGCAUCUCUAUAAACGCAGCUGGACUGAGGGGCUGCCACGCGCCAGAUGUUGUUUUAGGUGUGAGGCACUAAAGACAGAAGCGGCUGCUGCCCCCACCAGGAUUGCUCUUUCUCGUGGUGUUCAUCACCAUAGGGGAUUUCACCAUUUUAUUUAAAUUGUUUGUUCUCUUCUAAGGAGACAUUGGAGGAAAGAGGAAAAAAUAUCUCUCUAAACAAAAAAACUGAAGACAGCUAACUAAGUUUUCUUGCUAUCAACCUGGAGCAAACAUUUCACAUUUCUGUUUGAAAUCUCAUUCCAAAUUUGUUGUGUCAUCUGUUCCUAUGCAGUUCUAUCCCCUCCCAUUUCCCUGUCAUUUUCCCAUCCCUUGCCAUCUCCAUCUUCAGUGGCAACUGGAUUGAACAGCAAUGUAAAUAGAACACCUCUGUGAAUUCUCCCACUGCAGACUCUUCCAUGGGGUACUGUGCUCACAUUUGGAUUCUAGCUGUGCCAUGUAGCUCUGGCCUGGGGCUGGAGCUGCCUUCUCUAACCUACACUUUUCCCAUCUGCAAAAUGCACACACACCUACAUUCCAUGGAAUCUGUGGGAUUGGCGAUUAAAGGUAAUUUUUGUUAAGUGUUCAUGGGGGAUUGCCUGACAAGUAGUUUUGUGUACAAGAGAGUUAUUAUCAUUGGGGUGAUUAGAGUUGAUGAAUAACCUCCUUGCUAACGUAACAUCUGCAGAGAGAGUGAGACUGGAGCUCAAGGGAAAAGGUGGGACAUGAGACUCCUGUCCAUCUUUUUCCUCUAUACAAUUAGUGAUAGCCACAAAGAAACUGCUAUAACUUGAAACUUUUUGACAUUAGUGUCUCGGCUGAGCCACCUCUUUCUCUUCAAGCCAUCAUGAGCGACAAGAAGCACAGAUCACAGAUCCCGUUUGAUGCAAAGAAUAACAAGAAAAUCAAGGACUAUUUUUCACAGGGUACAUGUGCUGACACCCCUCCUUAUCAUUGCUUAUCUGACAUGAGAGAGUGUAACAGCACCUCUAAACUCACAAGUGAAGUCAACAGGCGCAAAACAGCCUCUGAAAUUCAGAGUCCAAAUCAGAGCACCAAUAAAGAUUGUUGUUUCACCUUUACUUUAAAUGCAACCUGUAGAAAAUCAAACCACAGUGUGUUUACAGUUCGUGGUGAACCCAAUGAGAGCAUCUUCUCAGCUCUGAGCGGUCACGACCAUUUCAAUGAAAAGAUGAAGGAUCAUUUCACCAAGGACAUUAUUGUCUCUGAGGAGGAUAAAGAAAUAAAAAGAUAUAUCAAUUUGGGAAUGCCUCUCAAGUGCCUGCCUAGAGAUUCUCAUUUAAAUAUAGAACUGGUUCAAAGAAAGAAGGGCCACGAAGAAGACGAUCAGAUUUUGCGUCGAUGUGAGAAUCCAGACGUUGAAUGCAUUCUUUUUCAUGUUGUUGCUGUCGGGAAGACGAUAAAGAAGAUUGUUAAGAUCAACAAACUUCAUGAAGAAGGAGGUAGACUUUGCAUCUAUGCCUUGAAGGGUGAGACUAUCCAGGAAGCUUUAUGCAAGGAUGGCCGAUUUCGGUCUGAUCUACAUGAAUUAGAAUGGAAAAUGAAGGAAGGUCACCAGAAAAUUUAUGGAAAGAGGUCAAUGGUGGAUGAAGUAUCUGGAAAAGUCUUAGAAAUAGACAUUUCAAGAAAUAAACACAGGAAGCAAGGUGAAAAUACUAAACAGAAGGAGAAUGCCAGUGAUGAAAUCACACCCUCUGGCCUGAUACAAUCUAAGGAAAAGAUCCAUGAAGCAGAAAAAGAUGGAGAGGAUGAAGAUGUCAAACUCAGCAGAGAAAAAACUUACCCACAUGACAGUAUACAGCAUGAUCUUCAAGAUAAAAUCAAUCGGACAAUUUCUGAGAUUAGAAGUCAUUAUGAUCAUAGUUCUGGCAAACAGCUGCUAGUUGGGCAGAGGCCCCCUGAAAAUAGAAAACAUCCGAUUAAUAUUAAUCUGGGUAUCUCAAUGAAGAUACCUCAUCUAUAUAAUCUCCAAAUGUUGAAUGAAGACAUAAUGCAGCAAUAUCCAAAUUUCAAAGUUGAGGCAGGUUUGAUGAGAAAGUAUUUCCAGAUAGAACAGGAGAGAAAUGAUCUGACAACAUUCCAACAAUUCAACAUUUAUGAAAAGUACUUUGGAAAAGUGACUAAAAGUUCUCUUUCAGUUGCAACGUGUAAGCAACUUAGUUACCUUAGUAAGUCCGUUGGCUUCAUGAAAUGGGACAAUAAUGGCAAUACAGGCAAUGCUACUUGCUUUGUCUUCAAUCACGGUUAUAUUUUCACCUGUCGACAUGUUGUAAAUCUUAUAGUGGGUAAAGGCAUACAUCCAAGUUUGUGGCCUGAUAUAAUCAGUAAAAGUGCAAAGGUAACCUUCACUUAUACAGAUUUCAUUCCUCCUAAAGACGAUUGGUUUUCCAUCGAGCCAUGGUUUGAAGUGUCUGAUAAUGACCUAGAUUAUGCCAUUUUAAAACUAAAAGAAAAUGGAAAUGCAUUUCCUCCAGGCCUCUUUGCACAAGUUUCCCGUCAACCACCUAGUGGUUUGUUGUACUUAAUUGGUCAUCCAGACAGCCAGAUCAAGAAAAUAGAUGAUUGUGCUGUGAUUUCUCUAAAUGAACGAUUAAAAAGGUAUCAGCAGUAUCUUUAUUGUGGGUUGGCAGAACCCCAGGCUGCCACUGGUAAUGUUUGCCCAAUGUUUACCAAAAGAAGUUUCCCAUUAGAGGCUUGGGACAGCAACACACUGACUUACGAUACCUGUUUUGCUGAUGGGGCCUCUGGUUCCCCAGUGUUUAAUGCAUCUGGCAAAUUGGUUGCUAUUCAUUCCUUUGGGCAUUUUUAUAACCAGGAUAAUAAGCCUUGUGCCUUUAUAGAAUUUGGCUUUUAUAUGGAUUCUAUCCUUCACAAUAUUGAAAAGCGAAAUGAGUCCUUCUACAGAUUAUUACAUGAAGAAAAAAUAGAGAAUGAAAAUGAAGACAAAACUGACAAGUGUGAGUUCCCACGUCAAGAUCAUCAGACUGAACCCAUGGAAGUCUAGGGAAAACAGGUGCUGCCUGCAAGGAAAUGGUCUAGUAGUUUAAAUUGUUGAGGGCUGUUUCCAUAAAAUAGAGUGAUAUCACUUUCUUUGUUAGAAAUUUGUAGUAAAUGAUGAGUAUGUAUAAAACAUAAUUUAAGUUAGAGCCUAAAUAAAUAACUGAUU